AUGGCCGUCAUGUCCAAGCUUCUAAACUUUCCGAGUCUUACCCUCGCAGCCUGCAUCGAGGGUUUCUUUGCCAUCAAGUUGUUUCCGAAUUAUUACAGCACUCAGAGUCACUUGGCGGCUGUAGUUACCAUAUUGCUAAUCAACUAUGCCUUUGGAGUCGUUUUUUGGGCGGUGUUAUACCCGCGCCUAUUCAGCCCACUUCGACGCAUUCCAGGACCAAAGGCGUAUCUAAGUGCCGCUCACCAUUCUCUCGUCGUCAAGGGAAGACCAUCUGGCGACCUAUUCCUCGAUCUAGCCAAGGAAUAUCCCGGAAAGGAUGUUAUCAUGCUCAAUUCCUUUCGCAACCAACUAUGCAUCAUGAAUCCUCAACUUCUGGCAGACCUCUUAGUUCACAACUGCUACGACUUUGCCAAGCCGAAACGAAUCAGUGGUUUCUUGCGUCACGUUCUCGGAGACGGUCUCAUCAUAGUCGAAGGUGAACAGCACAAGUUUCUACGAAAGAAUUCGACACCAGCCUUUCACUUCCGCCACAUCAAGGAGCUGUAUCCCAUGAUGUGGACCAAGAGUGAGACACUUACAAAGGCUAUCGCUCAGGAUAUCACGGCAUCCAGAUCACCAGUCGUUGAGCUCAACGGUUGGGCUAGCAAGGUGACAUUAGACAUCAUCGGUAUUGCUGGUCUGGGUCGCAAGUUCGAUGCUGUUGAGAAGAAGAUAGAUCCGCUGGCCGACAUCUACGAACAGCUACUCGAACCAGACCGAGAGAAGCUCGUCUUUGCCAUGUUGUCCUUGGCUAUAGGACUACCUAUUAUUCGCAUGAUCCCGUGGAAGAUGAAUGAUCUAUUCAACUACUUGACGGGAUCGUUGAAUGAGCUAUGCUACCCGAUGAUCAAGGAGAAAAAGGCCGCCAUCAUCGAGAAGGGAGAUGACCACUUUGAUGUUUUGUCGCUUCUGAUCAAGUCGAAUAACUUUUCAGACGAGGCUUUGAAGGAUCAGCUAUUGACAUUCCUGGCAGCUGGACAUGAGACCACCGCAUCAGCACUCACAUGGGCCUGCUACCUACUCACCCAGUAUCCCGACAUCCAGUCUAAGCUCAGAGAUGAGGUCAGAGAUUCAUUGCCCGCCGACGUCGACUGCAACACACCAGACCUCGCCAGCAUUCUCGAGCAAAUGCCCUACCUCAACGGCGUCAUGCACGAGACGCUACGUCUCUACCCAACCGUUCCUCUCACCAUGCGUUCAGCCCUCCGCGACACACGCAUCGGCGACCAAUACAUCCCAGAAGGCACCGACGUCAUCGUGUCAAUCUGGUACAUCAACCGCGCCCCAGAGAUCUGGGGUCCCGACGCAGCAGAGUUCCGACCCGAGCGAUGGAUGACAGAGGAUGGAAAGCCCAACCAGAACGGAGGAGCGAGCAGCAACUACAACUUCCUUACCUUUUUACACGGACCGCGAAGCUGUAUCGGUCAAGGCUUCGCAAAGGCUGAGAUGCGAUGUUUGUUGGCCAACAUGGUCAAGUCAUUUGAGUGGACUCUAGCGAUGGACAACAAGCUUGUUCUACCGAGGGGAGUUAUUACCAUUAAGCCGGAGAAUGGCAUGUAUCUGAACAUGAAGGCUAUUUGA